AAGCGCUUUUUGUCCAGGGGAGUCGGCACUUGAGCGCAUUCCUUGACGUGGAGGCUGGUGUGCCUCUCUCCCUCUGACCAUUUGAUGAGGUCCGUUCUUGAUUGCUUAGGUUAAAAUACGUCCACAGAGAGGAAAGAAAAGUACCCUUUUUUUAUUCGUGCGCACACGGAAAAGUACCAAGUUUGGAGUAUCGGCGAAGUGAUCUGUUUGGAUACGGACACAAGCGCGACAGCGCUCUUACAACUCCACCUCUACAAAGUUACGGGUGGAAAAAAAAAGCACCUGGAAAGCAGCUAAAGAAGAAGAAGAAGAAGAAGAGGGGAGCAGGAGCAGAAAAGGAAGCAUCCUGACUGGACCAAGCAUAGAGCCAGAGAGAUUCUGCACCAUGAGGAUGUUUCUCAGUCCACUGAUGUCCUUACUGCUCCUCCUCAUCCUCCCCGAUGGCACCGUUUCCAACAAAUGUCCAGAGGCCUGCUUGUGCAACACUCCACAGAGCAUUUUAUGUUCCCGAAGACGCUCAUCCACCAUUCCUGAUAAAGUGGACUCAUCGACCAAAAGCCUCUACCUGUUUGCAAAUGGGAUUGAAGGCAUUAAAGCCGAGGAUUUCGAUGGACUAGUUAACCUGGAAAUGCUGGACCUAAGUCAAAACAAACUGACCGAUCUUCCUGAAAGGGUGUUUGAGCCACUGAGCUCUUUAAAAAAUCUGGACUUGUCAUCCAACCAGAUCACCUACAUUUCAGAGAAAUGCUUCCAGGGAAUGCCACAGCUGGAGCGCCUUUAUUUGUACAGUAAUCACAUCGAGAACAUCCAUCCUGCUGCGUUUAAUGGCUUGGAGCACCUCCUGGAACUCAAAUUGCAGGGUAAUAUGUUGACAACCCUGCCCUUUCUCUCAUUGCCUAGACUGCUGCUGCUGGACCUUCGCUUUAAUGUCUUACCUUCUUUAAAUCCUUCCGAGCUUCAGACCCCUAACCUGGAGUCACUCAAGCUGGGUGGUGUGGGGCUCACCAGCCUAAAUAAGGAGCUUAUUAGAAGUCUAAAGAAUCUACAUGAACUGGACAUUUCAGAAAACAAACUAGAGUCUUUCCCCUCAGCACUAAAGGAGGCACCGGGGCUGUUGAACCUCAACCUUGCUGGCAACCCAAUGGGCCCUCCAAAGAUUGAGGACCUUCAAAACCUCGGCGAGCUAACAGAGCUGGACGUAAGCGCUCUCAGCAUACAAGGACUUCCUGAAGAGUUCCCCCAGCUUUUCCCCCACUUAACCAAACUAAGAAUAGCCGAAAAUCCCUUCAACUGCCUUUGUAGCUUAGCAUGGUUCCCAAGAUGGCUUAGGGCUCAAAGCAUCAUCCUUGAGAGAACAGAGGAGACACGCUGCCAUUUUCCACCCAUCAAUGCUGGAAAGGUAUUGGAGAGACUGGAAACCAGAGACUUUGGCUGCCCAACCACAACUGCCAUGACCACUACUACUGUCAAAACUACCACCAUCACCCUGCCUGCCCCUGUUACCACCAUUACAACUACUACAAGACCCAUUCAAGUACCCAGGGCCAGUGAAAAUCCACCCAACAAAGGCGGAGACAUACCUCUGCCUCCUGUCCCUGUGUCUCCAAGCAGCAGCAGUACUGACCUGGAUGAAGAGGAGCAGUUCUGUCCCCAGUCUAUCUGUCUGAAUGGAGGCACUUGUCAUUGGAAUCAGCGCGGCCAAAGAGUGUGUGCCUGUCCAGAUGGCACAUCUGGGCUCUAUUGUGAAAUCCAAAACCACUCUCCGCCUUUGUCCCCUGAAGCUCAUCCAUCCAAGAAAACCAUCACCGCGAACAUGCCGGACAUCAGAUCACAUCAACCAACGGCGACGUCGGUUCUGCUAGAUCUCCACCGCUACGUUAAAACGAGGCCCUACAUCCGUGGAAUCCGCCUAACCUACAGGAACCUCUCUGGGCCGGACCGCAGGCCAAUACAGCUCAACCUUCCAACGAACUUCCCAGAGUACACGCUUCGAGGCUUGAAUCCCAACUCCACUUACAAUGUAUGCGUCAGUCCUUUGGGUGCAGCUAGUGAUGUGGACAGCGUCUGCACCGAGGCUCAUACGAAACCUGAACGCUCAAGCCCCGACGCACAGUUCGACAGCCCAAAGUUCCCGACGCUGGUACCUGCGAUUGCUACCAUGCUGCUGCUGGUCCUCAUAGCAAUAGCAGUGGGAGUGGUGUGCUAUUUUCGGAGAAAGAGAGCCAAGACCCAUCUGGAGCUAGAUUAUGAGCCCUCCCAGUUGGAGCUGGAUGGUGUUAAAGCUGGUUUGGACAAUGGGGCAUUGUUUCACAAACAACCCCAGCUUAUGAUCCCUGAACCUGCUGUCCAAACAGGUAGUCUGGAGUAUGAGGUGUUAUUACUACAAGAUCAUUGCUCAUCAAAUAACAAUAUGUCCAUGCACAAACCUUCCUUCAUUUGACAGCAGGUCUUGAUCGCUCAGAUCUAAGUGAGGGUUUUUAUUUCCUCUGCUCUGUCCUGCCAAGUGGAAGAAUCAGAACAUAAAGAGCAGCGACUGCUGCUUGAAAGUGGAGGAAGCAGAAUCGGGCAACUAAUCACCAAAAGAGAAGCUGGGCUUACAAGCAACUCACUGCUCUAUGGUUAUCCUUGAAGACGCUAACACACGGAAACACUACAGUGCUUGGACUUUAGGACGCACCGAAACGGUUUCUGUGCUAAAUGCUGCGAUGCGUGUCAUCCAACAUGCUGUGAUGCUGGGACUGCUGUUUUUUUUGGCUCAGAUUUAGGGUUGGGACACUUAAAAAGGCUCAUGCACUCUUUUUUAUGUGCGCUGCAUGUGCACUGAAAUGAGCUUUAGCUGCCUUUCCUCAUCACCACUGGCCGAACAAACAGUCUCAGUAGUUGGUUUUAGGCACGGUGAAAACCCAUCAGUACUUACCGGAAGGGAUCCAUGUAUGCUGUGAAAGACCCACCAAAUGAAGUUUUACAGAGAAAAAUAGCUGAUGCUUGUAUUUCUUUAUUUGGAUGAAAUUGUUCUUAUAUACAUGUUUUUUUAAAAUACCUGUAUUUUUUUUAUUACUUCUAAAUGUUGCGAAUGUUAACUGCACCCCCAGCAACGACCCACCCCACUCACCCAACAUCACUUCUUGUGACUAACAGACAAAACAUCAGAUUAAAAUCUUUGAAGAUUAAAACUCAUUUGGUACCAGUAAAGUAAUUCACAGUCCCCCACCCCCAGAAUAUCAGACAGUCUGAGUAGAUGGAAGUCUGGAACAAAUCAAGACUAAAUCCCCUUAAGGGGAGAAGGGAAGCAGGAUUACAACAGAGGGGAGAAAUAGACUGAAGCCCUUAUAAUUCUGUCUUCAGUGCACUGUUUUUAAACUGUUAUAAAAUGUAUUUUGCUGAAAUUUACCAAAUAGAUCUCCAGUGAAUUUAUUUAUUGUUUGUGUCCCACUCUAAGGCAACUUGGCUAUUUGUUUAACAAAAUUUCAAAACGGUACAGUUCCUGGUCUGGUGGUAAAAUGAGCAAAGCCAACAGUUGAUACAUCCACUGUGUUUUAUUGAAGUGUGGAAAUAAAAUGCGCGCUGGCAUGACAGGAGGUGUUGCCUUUUUGCAGAGGAGACACCAGUUUUGCAUGUUGCCAUCGGACCAGACUAUGCAAAAUUCAGACGCACAGCCCAAUACUGUCCGUACUGUUUGAAAAGAAAAUGAGCCUUGCAGAGAUUCACUGGAAGAUCGUCAAAAAGACACGGAGAGAGAACGUCCAUAUCUGUGAAUCGUACACAAAGAAUGACACUAAAUACUGUUUGUGUGAGCGUCUGUGAUAAUGCAACUACAUGUUCUGUCUUGUGCAAGCUAAAACUGCAGACACCGAGUUGCUAUCAUUUACUUCCUUAAUAUGCCCGCAUGCGUCGGCGUAGCCCGAGCCCAAACGACUACCUGCGGGCAAACGCACCAAAGACACAUCCGUGAUUGCCUUUAUAGUAACCCAAAGUACUUCCAGCCAAUAUUUCCCUCACCAGUCCCACACAAACACCAAAUGCCUUUUUAAAAAGAGAGAUGCAACUGGAAUAUCUGUCUAUAAAAUAGAUAACAUUGAGAAUAACCACACAUUUUCAAUGUGUUAUUUUUUCCCUGUUUAUUUAGGGAAGCUUUUCAUUGUUUUAUUUUUUUGUUGUUUUGUUUUUUUUCUAUUGUGUGAACUUAUUUGUAUAAAUGGAAAAAGUGAUAUUUACAUUAAAUGAAUACCUAAAACUGAAA